AUUAGUCCUUGCUAGCUUGCUGCUGAUGUAGAGCCUAGCUAGGGGAGAGAAACCGUUGGAGAAGGCAGAAUACAUGAGAAAAAAGAAGUAAAUUUAGGAUUGAUAAACACCUGGAAACGUGGCAGAAAGAAACUGAACAGGUAUCACCAGCAACUUGGCAACAACUCUUCUCUCCCCUGGCUCUCCAGUGUUCAAGGACACCGCCCUUCAUAUCAUAUAAAGUCACCCAGUGCCUCUCUACCUGAUUAUAUUUUCCCCAUCUUCACCAGUGCAAAAACUAAUCGUACACCAGCAGGACGUAAGAAACAUUAAUAAAGUGAUUUUUCUGCAUUUUUGAGAAAAUUCAGGUACACCCCAGCUACCAAAGUUACCUGUCAAUACUGUAUUAAGUUCUUCUGCUCCCAAAAUCAACCAUUAACCAAGCUUUUAAUUAGUCUGAACUCUUCAUCAUUUAUCAGCAGUACUCAGUUAUCUCAUCAGUAAGUCCAUCUAAGAAAGCUGUAAACAGUACUUAGCACCAUUAUGGCCUCCAUCACCCAGUCAUCUGAGCCCGAGAUCCCAGACAACCACAAAGAGAGCUGGCUGGCGCUGCUUUCUGCUGCGGAAACUUACUGCCAAAAGUCUGGCUUUGAUCUGGCCAUACUUACAGCUUGUAAGAAGUUCCGGUCGUCGGCUGGAGACGGAGAUGGGAGGAGGAAACGGGAGAGCAGCAGUGCCUUUCCUAAUGAGUGUGAUUUCUCCUAUAAUGUAUGGGGUCAAGGGUUUCUGGCAGAGUCUGCUCGCCGCUACAUGGACGACAUUGGUGUGCUGCACUCCACGACCAUGCUAACAGCCCAAAAGCACACACGCCAGUCAGGGCGAGAGGGAGGAACCAAACUGGUGGUGGACCUGACCUCGGACCCCGGACACAAGGGGAGCUUUACAGGCGACGGCGUGGUGGGCGGUGUCAGUCCCAAUGGCAGACUGUAUUCCCAAAGCUACCCGUCAAUCUACAGCUCAGGAGCCAUGACUGGGCAGGGUGACGGGCAGAACGGUAACGGAGAGAGGGAGCGGGAGAAGAGUGUGCAGGAGGCCGAGCGGGAGAGACAGAGGUCUGGGAUUGUGGACUUGGAAGAAGAGUGUGAGGAUGAGGAAGAGGAGGAGGAAAUGGAUGAGAGGAGACCCUAUGGGAAUGAAAGUGCUGGUGUCUUCUCCAUGGAUGAAGACUCUCUGUCUCGUGACUGCGAGCCGUUCUUUGAGUCCGACGGGGAGGAGGAGAGCACUGAUGGCUCUUUGAGUGAGGACGCUCCUCCGCCGUCACGCGGCAUGGCUGUGGGUCAGGCUGCGUUCUCGGCCCGUCACGCCCACCCCAUGGCUUUGGCCCGCUCGCUGCCGGUAUCUGUGCCUGUGUGGGGCUGCAGAGGAAGCAGGGGUGGUCAAGGAGACGGCAACAGUGGAGAACGGGUGGGCUGCGCUGACCUGGAGCACAUCGCUGCCAGUAUGAAGGCCCUGCUGGCACCUGGAGCCACUGACGGGACAGAAAUGUUUGGGGCCCUGCCUCGGCCCCGUCUCAACACAGGGGAUUUCUCCCUCAAGCAUUGAGAGAGAGCGAGACGAGUGGAGAGAAAGAGAAAGGAGAUAGAGGGAGAGAAUCAGCGAGAUGAAGAAAAGUCAUGACGGGAGGGACCUGGAUUGGCUGGCAGAUGUGACAUACAUGUAUGUGAAACGGUGUAAACGCUAGUACCUCCCAUUUAUUGCUCACUAACCAAAAUUAACAGCACAUGCUUCGAGGAGUAACUGACAAAAAGAAAUGUUGUUAUGAACACUAAUAACAUUUUCAACACUAUACCCCACCCCCAACUACACAUCCUACAACACUACAUUAGGACCUCAAGAUGUGUGUUGUGACCCAGUGCACUGACCAACAAAGACACUAAAACAGGGUGUAUAGUGGUGUAACGACAUAGCCAAUUGUUAAUUGUUCCAAACUUAUUGUGCUGAUUCAGGUUUUGGGAUGUUUCCUUUCAUAAAAUUACCUGUGAAGUGAGGAGAACUCGGGGAACAGCCAUCUCUACCCAGUUGACCGUUGGCUCCAGUGCUGCCAUGCUAAUGCUCUAGCAGACUGCAUUAGCGUUACAGUGCUAUGUUACCGUAAAAGAUAUAUGACGAAGUGCAGCAGUUCAGACACUCUCUUCUGAAACAUGAUAUGAAAUUAGCUUAAAGGAGUAGUUUCACAUUUCUUUGCGAGAGUUACAUGAGAAAAACGCCAACAUCUCUUGUGUCUCUUUGUAAAGUUUGGAGCUACAGCUGGGAGACGGUUAGCUUAGCUUAGCAUAAAGACUGGAAGCAAAGAAGAAAAGGAAAACUUUCUGCAGUUUAAAGAAUACGCCUACCAACAUGGCCCUGCUGUCAGUCUUAGCAUGAAGCACAAGAGCCAGUGAUCCCCCCCAGACAACAAUCAGAGAAAUGGUUGACUUACCACAAAGCUUUUCAAAAUGUGAGCAGAGGACACCAGCACCUCCUCAUUACAUGCCUAUUUGUACUUUUACUUUUGCCAAUGAAUGACUGAUGAUGAUUGUAAAUCAAUACUUACGGGAUGGUGAGUUGUUUUGUGGGUUUUUUUUUUUUUUUUUGAGCGAGAGAGACAGAGAGAGAAAGAUUUAAAAAAACACAAAUAAAUGUGUAAUGUUCUGUUAAGUACUUCUACGUUUCAAAUAAAGGAGCAACACCAA